CCUCACGACCUCAUUCGAUCUUCCCAUAUUGCCCCUCUCGUUCUAUAAAGCCUCCCUCCCCUACCUCCUUCGCUUUCACCAGCCAUUCCUCAAUACAUCUUCUUUGCGCAGUCGAUCGUGAGAGAGAGAUAAUGCAGUACGAGGCUGCGGAGGCGUGGGCUGCUGCUUACUUGGCGGCGGCUGCAGCGGCUGGGAGAGGUGGAGGUGGAGCAGGAGCCGGAAUGUGGGAUCCUGCGGUGGAGAGGGUGGAGCGGCUCGCUGCCGAGAGUGCGGUGGUUAUCUUCAGUGUGAGCAGUUGCUGCAUGUGCCACGCGGUGAAGCGAUUAUUCUGUGGAAUGGGGGUGAAUCCUACGGUCUAUGAGCUCGAUGAAGAUCCUCGAGGGAAGGAAAUAGAGCGAGCCCUCACCCUCGGAUCGGCAGCCGUUCCCGUCGUCUUCGUCGGUGGGAAGCUCGUCGGCGCCAUGGACCGCGUCAUGGCUUCUCACAUUAAUGGAACCCUCGUCCCCCUCCUCAAGGAGGCCGGCGCUCUCUGGCUUUGAUUAUUAAUUAAUCACAUUACUAUCCUUCAUUACUACCUUUUUUUUAACUUUCCGUUUAAUUACGUACCGGGUGCGUGCAAGAGAGGAAUCCGGUCUUUCGUUUUCUUUGGCUUGGUUUUUCUUAAUCUUCU